UCCCUGUCUACCACUUUACUAACACAAGUAAUCGCCUUUAGAGUAGUAAUAGAGAAGAUCUGAUUGAACAGAUGGUCUCUUGAUUAAGUUUGAUACUGACGCAUGCAGGAAGCGUUUUCCAGUCAACCAGUGCUGAAGUACUACAUGAAGAGGAGGGACACGUUUUCCUGAAGAAAUACAGGCCUUGCAAAGAUAAUAACAAGGAUGAUGCAGUUGAACUUCAGACACUCUUUUGCAUUUGAUGGCUCGCAGAUGACAGAACAUUAAGUGAAGUGCCAUACUAGAUUCAGGUAUCCUCUUCAGAUCUACCAGUUUGAGACAGAGCAAUUACCAUGGAAAAUGCAAGCAUGUCUUUCAAAAGAGAAACCUGCAUGGAACUUAUCUACAGGAAUAAAGUCAAGUGGAAACCAGGGGCUCUUCUUCUUGUGUGUGUGUGUGUGUGGCUUCUGUGCUCUCAGUCAGUGUCCAGCAGCAACCAAAGCUCUCGAGGCCAAACGGGCCGGUCUGAAGUUAAGCCGGGAACCUGUGAAGUGGUGGCAGCUCAUCGUUGCUGUAAUAAGAAUAAAAUAGAGGAGAGGUCUCAGACGGUCAAAUGCUCAUGUUUCCCUGGACAGGUUGCUGGGACCACCCAUGCCCAACCUUCAUGUGUUGAUGCGUCUAUCGUGCGGAUGAAGUGGUGGUGUCAAAUGGAGCCCUGCUUAAAUGGUGAAGAGUGUAAAGUGUUGCCUGACCUCACCGGCUGGUCCUGCAGCUCUGGGAACAAAAUCAAAACUACUAAGGUCACGAGGUAAAGCAACACUUCUGUGGACAUGUGAUGACAACUCAUAAUUUCACGCGAGCAUAUUU